CAUGCCCAGCCCAGCACUGCUCUGUUGCUGCCUGGUCCUCCUGGCCGGGGUGGGAGCCAGCCGACACCAGAGCACCCUACCUGAGGACGACUGCACCCACUUCCCAGCCAGCCUGCCCCACAUGCUCCGAGAGCUCCGAGCUGCCUUCGGGAGGGUGAAGACUUUCUUUCAAAUGAAGGACAAGCUGGACAACAUACUGCUGACCGGGUCCCUGCUGGAGGACUUUAAGAGUUACCUGGGUUGCCAAGCCCUGUCGGAGAUGAUCCAGUUUUACUUGGAGGAGGUGAUGCCCCGGGCUGAGAACCACGACCCAGACAUCAAGAACCACGUGAACUCCCUGGGAGAGAAGCUCAAGACCCUCAGGCUGAGGCUGCGACGCUGUCACCGAUUUCUGCCCUGUGAGAAUAAGAGCAAGGCGGUGGAGCAGGUGAAGAGCGCAUUUAGUAAGCUCCAGGAGAAAGGUGUCUACAAAGCCAUGAGUGAGUUUGACAUCUUCAUCAACUACAUAGAAACCUACAUGACAAUGAGGAUGAAAAUCUGAAACGUGCUGGAGAACAAAACACCCAGGAUGGCAACUCUUCUCGACUCUAGGACAUGAAUUGGAGAUCUGCAAAAUACCAUCCCGGGAUGUAGGAGAGCCGACCAACUGCUUGGAGAACCCCGUCAUACCUCUCUCUUAGAAUAUUUAUUACUCUGAUACCUCAACUCCCAUUUGUAUUUAUUUACUGAGCUUCUCUGUGAA